AUGGCCACCAAACAAAGCAACCACAAUCUCAAUGUCCUCAAAAAGCCGCUCGCCCUCUUCUCCCAGAAACCCAUGACGGGCUUCUACCGUGACGGCUACUGUCGGGUGGGACCCGAAGAUGGCGGAAACCACGCCGUUGCCGGCGUCCUCACCAAAGAAUUCCUCGACUUCAGCGCCUCGCGCGGCAACAAUCUGAGAUCGAUCGGGCUCGAACCGGGCUGCAAGUGGUGCUUGUGUACGGCGAGGUGGAAGGAGGCGAUGGAAGCUGCCAAGGGGAAGGAUGAUCCCGUCGUGCCGAAGGUCUUCCUCCACGCCACCGACGAGUCCGCACUCCAGAACGGUAUCACGAUGGAAGCGUUGAAGAAACAUGCCGCGGAGCCGGAAGCGGCGGGUGGAGGAGGCAGUUUGGAGAAGAAAGCUCCGGUUCAGCCUGGGACGACGGGUGGGAUUGCGAGGGAGACACACUAG